AUGACAGGUUCAAGAUCUGGUGGUAUUUCUAACGCAAAUGAUUUCUUAGAAGAAUAUUAUUUAAAUGACCCAGGUAAUCACCCCCCUUCCCAUUUUAAAGAUAAAAUGUCAGAUUUACGUUUUAAUAUGAGAAAUUAUUUAUUGAAAUUUACUGAUACCCAAUCUAUUUAUUUAGCUGAAUGGCAAAAAGAACACAGAACUAUAUCCUUGGAUACCUUCUUUGCUUAUACCGCUUUAUUAGCUUCGCACACUUUUUAUGUCCUUUUCUUACCAAUCCCUCCAUUCAUUGGCCAAUAUGGUUUAAUUCGUGAUUUAGUCUAUAUAUUAGGUUAUUCGAUUUAUAUCAGUGGUUACUUGAAGGACUAUUGGUGUUUACCAAGACCUAAGUCCCCCCCUUUGCACAGAAUUACACUGAGCGCUUACACUUCAAAAGAAUAUGGUGCUCCAUCAUCACAUACAGCAAAUGCAACAGGUGUAACGUUACUACUAAUACUAAGGAUCUAUCAAGCCAGGUAUAUGACAUUCACAAUGAAAUGCGUAUUGCUAUUCUUCACAUUUGCUUAUGAUUUUACUUUGAUUAUCGGAAGGCUAUACUGUGGCAUGCAUGGCUUAAUAGAUUUGAUAAGUGGUGCUAUAAUUGGUAUCCUAUGUUUUGCGGGAAGAAUUGGAAUACCUUGGAUUUUCAAAAAUUUUAAAUCUGGGGACUAUUUAUGGUAUCCAAUAUUUACUGUUUGUUGGGGAUUCUUCAUGCUAUUUAACCAUGUAAAACCAAUUGAUGAGUGCCCAUGUUUUGAAGAUAGUGUAGCCUUCAUUGGUGUCUUGGCAGGAUUGGAUUUCAGUAAUUGGUUUAUCGAAAGAUACGAUUUGAGCCAUACAAUUGAUGCAUUGAGUCAAAAUGAUGGAAGAAUUACACCAAUUUUACUAAAACUAGCAGUAGGUAUUCCUUGCGUUAUAAUUUGGAAAUAUGUCAUCGGUAAACCAUUGGUUUAUUUAACUUUACAAAAAAUAAUAGGGGUGCAAGACGACAGACCAAGUAAGAAAAUGCUACGUAAAAGGUACAAAAAAGUUCAUAGACACGAAUGUUUACCAUACAUCGGAGUUGCCAAAUUGGAUAUUUAUGGUAGGUUUUUCAUAUAUGCUGGUAUUCCAAUAACUGUUUUAUUAAUUUCACCAAUAGCAUUACAGGCAUUUGGAUUGAUCAAUCUAUGA